AUGGAGGGGAUAGUGAGCAAUGAAGUCAGUACAGCUCUAGCGGAAAAGAAUGCAGAAAUCCGUCGACUCCGCGGGGAGCUACUAGAAGCUCAAGAUAAGAUCAAGGAGCUCCAGGAAAAGAUUGUCGCUUCGUCUCACGAUAGUAUCAUCACUUUCCGCGAUGAAGACUACUUCGAAGCGGCUUGCCAGAAACUCUGCCACCACGUGCAACAAUGGGUGCUGCGAUUUUCCAAGUUCUCCGACAUGCGGUUGUGCCGCUUGACGAGCAGCCUUCAGGAUGAGAAGGUCACGGACCGGUUUGAAAACUCCAUCUUGGACGGUUCUGAUGUUGAUACUUACCUUGCCGACCGUGUCAAGCGUCGUGAUAUCUUUAUGUCCGUGGUGAUGACAAUGAUGUGGGAUUACAUCUUUACACGCUACCUCUUUGGUAUGGACCGGGAACAGCGACAAAAGCUAAAGACUCUUGAAAAGCAAUUGAGUGAAGUAGGACCACCGGCUGCCGUUCAGCGAUGGAGAGCCACCACCCUUUCGUUGCUUGCCAAGAGACGCGCCUUCAAAGAGCAACGGGCACUCGACUCUGAAGCAGUUGUGCAAGAGAUAUAUCGUACCUUGUCAAAGCUCCUUCCACCUCCGCACGAACUAGAACAGAGCAUUCUGGAUUCUCUCCGGAAAGUGAUGAAAGCGGCUGUUGAUCUCUCUAUUGAGAUGCGCACUCAAAAGGCAGAAUAUAUCAUGCUUCCACCCUUGAGACCUGAAUACGAUACCAAUGGCGACUUAAUUCGCAAGGUCCAUUUCAACGCCGAUCUAAUGAAUGAGCGAAGCGGCGAGACUACCUCCAAUGAAGAACUGGAGGAGCAACAGGCUGUAGUCCGGAUCGUCCUUUUCCCACUAGUGGUCAAAAAGGGAAGCGAUGAAGGCGAAGGUGAUGAGGAGAUAGUUGUGUGUCCGGCUCAGGUCCUCGUUGCGAGGCCAGGGAAAGAUAAGAAAGUCGUGAGAGUGUUGAGCGGCGACCGAUUGUCUGCCAAUGCAAUCAGCCAGUCGAAUCACAGUUUCCCGUCGAUAGACAUGAGUACAAGUAACAUGAUAUGA